AUGGAGGAUGUGCAAGAUGCAGACGAGGAUGGUGGAGAAGGUGGAAAGAUAGUGAAGGAGACUGUCCAGGAGGCGUUUAACAACUAUCAAGUUGAUUGCGUGAACUUCUCCGUGCUCAGUUCUGACCAAAUCUCUCGAUACAGCGAGGUUGAGGUCUUGAACUAUGCCCAGUACGAUUUGGCAAAUGAGAGACCCUUCGUGUACGGCCCUUUGGACCUGCGAAUGGGCAGCAGUUCUAAGAACGUGCUUUGCAGCACCUGCGGCAAGCGCUUGAACGAGUGCGUGGGACAUUUCGGGCACGUGAGCCUUGCUCUGCCGGUGUUCCACGCUGGGUAUCUGCGGCAUACGCAUCAGGUGCUGGCUUCCGUUUGCAAGUCGUGCGCCAGGUUGCUGCUGGCAGACGAAGUACUGGAAAAGUACAAGAAGCGCCUUAGGCGGCCCCAGACGGACGACUUGCAGCGGCAGAUGCUGCAGAAGCGAAUCUUGCAUGCGUGCAAGUCUACAAAAACUUGCCCCCACUGCGGCUAUCAGAACAGCUCUUUCCGAAAAGGACCUGGUGUCCCACUCAUCUUGAGACAUGCUGUGGGCCCCACAAACAAGCAAACCUCGGAGGAGGUGUCGAUUCCUUUCAUCGAUUCCUUCAAUGAGGCGAAGUCCUUCAACAAAGAUCUGGAGUCUUACACUGACAAGGCAUCGGAAGACUUCAAUCCUCUUGUUGCGUACGAGCUGAUGAAGCGCAUCACUCCGAGUGACCGAGAGAUCCUCGGGUUCCAACAUCCGGAGCAGCUGCUGCUGAUGUCGGUGCCCGUGCCACCCGUUUGCAUCCGCCCCACGGUGAGCAUGGGCGAUAAGGGUACGAGGGAGGACGACCUGACGAUGGUCGUCGGUGAGAUCGUCGAGGCCAACUCUGCUUUGCAGACCCAGCUGCAACGGGGCCUUCCUCGGCAAGUGCUCGAGGCCUGGGAGUUCCUUCAAGAGGCUUGUGCCAGGUACGUGAACUCAGAGAUCUCAGGGCUCACCCAAAUUAAGGGCAAGUCUAUCCGCUCCAUCUGCACGCGGCUGAAGGGCAAGGAAGGACGAUUUCGAGGUAAUCUGAGUGGGAAGCGCGUGGACUUCUCCGGCCGGACCGUGAUUUCCCCGGAUCCCAACAUCAGCGUCGAGCAGGUGGUGAUCCCAGAGUGGGUGGCGAAGAGGAUGACCUUUCCUGAAAAGGUCUGCGAAGCGAGUAUGACUCGACUGAAGUUAGCCAUCAUGAGGGGUCCCGAAGAGCACCCUGGCGCGUGCUUCGUGAGAACGAAGGACGGUCGGACUAAGUUCCUGGGGGCUUUGGGGAAGCAAUUCCGUAAGCAGAUCGCCGAGAGCUUGAAGUGUGGCGAUUUGGUCGAGCGCCACAUGCGAAACGGGGAUAUCGUCCUUUUCAACCGGCAGCCUUCCCUGCACCGACUGUCCAUCAUGGCACACCGGGCCAAAGUUAUGCCCGGACGGACCUUUCGAUUUAACGAAUGUGUUUGUGCACCCUACAACGCGGACUUCGACGGGGACGAGAUGAACAUCCACCUGCCGCAGACAGAGGAGGCAAGGGCCGAGGCCAUGCAACUCAUGGGCGUGCGCGACGGACUGGUCACGCCGAAAAGCGGGGAGGUUGCCAUCUGUGCAACCCAGGACUUCCUCACAGGAGCUUUCCUCCUGACCCAAAAGGACGUCUACUUGUCAAGGGACAAGUUCUGUCAGCUUUGCUGCUUCCUCUCUGAUGGCUUGGAGCCCAUCGACCUGCCACCGCCCGCCAUCAUCAAGCCUUGUGAGCUGUGGACCGGGAAGCAGGCCAUUUCGGUGAUGCUCCGGCCAAACCGAAGGUCUAAGGUCUUUGUGAAUCUUGAGGUUCCAGAGAAGAACUACAGCAAGAAGAACCAGACGUUCUGCUGUAACGACGGUUACGUGCUUUUCCGCAACUCAGAGCUUCUCAGCGGUAACCUGGGCAAGAAGGUUUUGGGUGGUGCCAAGAACGGCCUGUUCUUCCGGCUCAUUCGGGACUCUGGGGCUCGUGCUGCCAUGGACUGCAUGAGUCGCAUUGCCAAGCUGACGAGCCGUUGGCUCAUGAAUCGCGGCUUCACCAUUGGGAUUGACGACGUGAAUGCCGAGUACGGCCGUGGCGGUGGCAAGGUCACGCAUGAGAAGCAGCGGAUCACAAGGGAAAAAUACGAGACGGUUGCCACAUACAUCGGCCAAUACAACAAAGGCACCUUGGAGAACAAGCCUGGCUGCAAUGCCGAGCAGACUCUUGAGGCUGUGGUGAAUGGGGAGCUUGGCCGAAUCCGUGACCUCGUCGGCGGCAUGUGUGAAGAGAAGCUUGCUUUCUUCAACAAGCCUCGCAUCAUGGCCACGUGUGGUUCCAAGGGAAGUCCCAUCAACCUCUGCCAGAUGAUGGCAUGUGUUGGUCAGCAGAACGUGGGUGGCCAGCGAAUCAAGGACGGCUUCGUCAACCGCACACUCCCACACUUCCCAAAAGGUUCCAAGGAGCCCAAAUCCCGGGGCUUUGUGGCGAACUCUUUCUACACCGGCUUGGAACCUCCGGAGUUCUUCUUCCACACCAUGGGUGGUCGCGAGGGGCUGGUGGAUACCGCUGUGAAGACGGCUGAAACUGGCUACAUGCAGCGGCGGCUGAUGAAGGCUUUGGAGGAUCUGGCUCUGAAGUACGACCUAACCGUCCGAACCUCGAACAGCGAUGUGGUCCAGUUUGCUUUCGGCGAUGAUGGCUUGAACCCAGCCCGAAUGGAGGGCUCGGCCUCCAAGCCCUUGGACUUCGAGUGCCCCGAUCUGGGGUAUGUUCUCGACUAUGCAUCUGCCUCAGCAGCGGCAGCAUUGACGCUUGCUGAUGGGGGACGGUUUGCAAAGUCUUGUCCCAGCAUGGUCAUCAAUGUCCUGCGCCCUCCGCAUCGAGAUCGAUAUGCUGAAAUCAAGACGAAGGCUGCACAACCCCCCGGACCGCUGCCGGCCAUGGCCCGCACCGGGCGGGUUGCAGAGCCCAUCCAGAGGCCUCCGACGGAGAUGGAAAAGGACGAGUACAAGCUUUGGCCGCUUCUCCCUCUGGAGUUGCGUGAGCUUGCGGAGCCCUGUGCCUCGCGCUUCGUGGAAUUCGUGAAACGAACGCAAGGGGGCUCCGAUCUCGAGUUCGAGCUCGUGAAAGGAGACGUGCGGCGCUUCAUCAAGGAGCUAGCACAGCAGGUGGCCCUGAAGCGCGGACAACUCGGGCUGGAGGUUGGCGAUAGUGAGGAGUCUGCCAAAGCUGCGCGGAGGAACUGGAGGCUGAAGGAGGGGCUGUCGCUGAUGGAUUUGGGGUCAUGCCCCACGCUGCAGCAGCUGGAUGCCUUUGUCAAUACUUGUGCCAUCAAGUACGUGCAGGCCUUUCUAAUGCCGGGCGAGGCUGUUGGGGCUGUGGCAGCUCAGUCUAUCGGCGAGCCAGCGACGCAGAUGACCCUGAAGACCUUCCACUUCGCUGGCGUGGCCAGCAUGAAUGUCACGCUCGGGGUGCCCCGAAUCAAGGAGAUCAUCAACGCAGCCAAGACCAUCUCCACACCCAUCAUCACCUGUACUUUGAGGGACGAGUUCAACGAGGUCAGUGCUCGAAUCGUAAAGGGACGAAUUGAGCGCACCAACCUUGGCGACAUUUGCCUCUACUUCAAGGAGGCCUACGACCCUACAAGCGGCUGCUUCAUCAGCGUAAAGGUGGACUUCAAUACCGUCGAGCGGCUUCAACUCGAGCUGAGCCUCCAGGACAUCAAGGUUGCCUUGCUCGACCCCAAGAACCUCAGCGGCAUCCGACUUGCGCCAUCUGACAUCGAGAUCAAGAAGGUGGACAAGCUGCGAGUGAAGCCUCCAAAAAUGACAGCGAACAACAAGAUGUUGUACUUCUCUCUUCAGGCCUUGAAGGCGGCGCUGCCAAAGGCGGUUGUCAAGGGAAUCCCCUCUACCAAGCGCUCCGUCCUCAACAAGAAGGAAGUUGGCGACAAGGUUUCCUACAGCCUGCUCGUCGAAGGCUACGGCUUGCGGGAGGUCAUGGGAACGCCCGGGAUUAACCCCAACAAGACCAGCUCCAACCAUGUUGUGGAGGUGGAGAAGGUGCUUGGGAUCGAGGCAGCUCGUCGCACCAUCAUGCAGGAGAUCAAAGUUACGUUGGGCGCACAUGGAAUUUCAGUGGAUGCGCGGCAUAUCCAGAUGCUCGGUGACUGCAUGACGUACCGAGGAGCGGUGCUGGGCAUCAACCGAUUCGGCAUAAGCCGAAUGCGAACAUCGGCUCUGAUGCUGGCGUCCUUUGAGCGGACCACGGACCUUGUCUUCGAUGCUGCAGCGCGCAGCCGUGUGGACCCCGUGAAGGGCGUCAGCGAGUGCAUCAUCAUGGGCUCCACGAUCAACUUGGGCACUGGCCUUUGCAAGCUGCUCUAUGAUUUCAAUGCCCAGGCGGCUACCACCGCGCAAGCUGCUACGAAGGAAGGUGGGUCACAGCCACCACCCGGCAGUUCCUGGACAGCGACCCAGAGUCGAAGUCCGCUGCUGAAGAACUGGCGAAAGAGGGUAUCCUUUGCUGAUGAGUCAAGCAGCAACAAAGCGCCUCGUUUGUCGGAGCCACUGCCGCUUCAGGGAUGA